ACUCUCCAGUUUCCACUUUCCACUCUAUCUUUGAUAAUACAAUUUUCUAGAAAAAUGGAUACGACCAUGAGCAUCGUUGAAAGACGGUCCGUUUCAGAGCCACCAUGCUUCGAUGCUAAAAAUUGUGCGGAAUGGAAGAAGAGUAUGAUGAUAUACAUACAAUCUGUCGACUACAAACUUUGGCUUGUGAUCAAGAAUGGACCAAAAGUUCCGAAGAAAACAAUAAACGGUGAAGAAAUUGAGAAAUCUGAAGAUGAGUUCAAUGAUGAAGACAUGAAGAUGAUGGAACAAGAAGCAAAAGCAAAACAUAUUUUAUGUUGUGCCUUAAAUCCAGUUGAUCUUAAAAGAGUUUCAAGUUGCCAUACCGCAAAGGAAAUGUGGCAGAAGUUUGAAAACAUAACUAAAACAGAUAGCCUUAUGUCAAAAUUUCGCCACACGGCGUACUUAAUCCAUGCGGCAAAUCGUAUAAAGAAAAGGAGGGCUCAUGAAAGUUAUUUAGAGGCAGUAUCAGGAGUACACGUCCAAGCAGAGGCAGCUCCCAACACUUCUAACUCAGUAAUUUUGGAAGAAACAAGUGAUGAUCUUGAGAAAGGGUUUUCCCACCUUUGUGUUUCCAUUGAGAAGCUUGCAUUAGAAGGGAAUUGGCAAGCAGCAAAGGGCAUGAUAGAAAAAGAAAAAAAGUUGAUAAAUGCUCCCAUAACAACUUCGAAGUUUAGACUACUGCAUAUUGCAGCAGCUGCAAAUCAAAUUGAAUUUGUGAAGCAGCUAUUAAUAAUGAUGGAUAGAGAUGAUUUAGAAUUGAAAGAUCACAAUGGCCAUACUGCUUUCUGUUUUGCUGCUGCAGCUGGAAACAUAAAAAUUGUUGACUUAAUGCUGCGAAGAAACGACAAGUUACUAACAAUAAGAGAUGUAGAUGGAUAUACUCCUAUUCAGAAUGCUGCUCUGCUAGGAAGAUGCAAAAUGACAUGGCAUCUAUAUGAAUCCACCAGACCUUAUUUUCAAGAUGAAGAUUGGAAUUUAUUAUUCUUUACUUGUAUAGACGCUGGCAUUUAUGACUUAGCCUUAAAAAUGGUAAAAGAUAGGAAUGCACUAGCUUUUGCACGCGAUUCAGAAGAAAAUACAGCUCUGCAUGUCUUGUCUCAAAAUCAAACAUCCAUGGAUUCUUGUUGUCAUGAUCCAGAACAUGAUGAUAGUUCCAGAAUGAUCAAUCCUGACGUGAGAAAAGCUGUGGUUUUCCAAUUGGUUAAAUUUCUCUGGACUACUAUUCUUGAUAAACACAAAAACUCGAAGGAUGAGUUAAAAAAAAUAAGAAAUGAACCUUCUAAACUAAUAUUUGAUGCUGCAAAAGUUGGAAAUUUUGAGUUGUUAUCAGAGCUUGUUAGUGGUUAUCCUAAUUUGAUAUGGGAUGUGGAUAGCGAAAAUCGAACUAUAUUACACUUUGCUGUUUUGCAUCGCCAUACCAGUUUCUUCCACCUUGUAAAUAAAAUAGGACAAAUAAAAGGUGCCAUCGGGGAAUAUAAAGAUAAACAUGGGAACACGAUAUUGCACUUAGCUGCAAAAUUAGCACCAAAAGGUCAACUUGACUGGGUUUCUGGAGCAGCUUUUCAAAUGCGUCUCGAGUUGUUAUGGUUUGAGAAAGUAAAACAGGUAAUGAUGCCAGCACAAAUAAAGUUGAGAAAUUCAGAAGACCUCACUGCACAAGAACUAUUUUCAAAGGAGCAUAAUAAUCUAAGGGAAAGUGGAGAGGAGUGGAUGAAAAAAACUGCUGAGUCUUGUACGCUAAUUUCAACUGUCAUUGCUACUGGAGUUUUCACUGCUGCAACUAGUUUACCAGGAGGAACUAAUGAUGACACGGGAAAACCAAACUAUUUAUCUAACACAUCAUUUUUGGUGUUUGCAAUAUCAGAUGCAUUGGCACUCAUCUCAUCUUCAACGGCAAUAUUGAUCUUCUUAUCUAUUCUUGUCUCACGCUAUAGAGAGUAUGAUUUUAAUAAAUCAUUGCCUUUAAAGCUAAUAUUUGGAUUGAUCACAUUAUUCAUCUCUAUCGCAAGCAUGAUGGUAGCAUUUAGCAGUGCCUUCUUCAUUAUAUACUAUCAUGGUUUAAAGUGGGUUCCUAGUUCCAUUGCAAUACUUUCUUCCAUCCCGAUACUUUUGUACAUAUGUUUGCAGUUUUCACUAUUUUCAGAUAUUAUUUACCCAAGCUACUAUUGGAGGAAGAUAUCUAUGUCUGGUAAAAACAUGCUUGAUGUACUCAAGAAGUAAAGGAUCAUUAUUGUAAGGAAAAUGCUUACGGUAAAAGACAAGUGUGACACCAAAAAAUGCAAGAAUCUUAUUUUUUGGAUGGUGUCAAUUGAAAUUUGAAGCAUCUAAAUGAUUUUCAUUUUGUUGAGGUGGUGAGUGUUUUCAUUCUACAUUUUGGCUUAUGUAACCUUGGAUUUGUAUUCCCCUCUCUCCGUCUAUAAAUCAUUAGUAACAAACAUCAUUACUC